AUGAUGCUCUGCGACGCGGAGCACAUUCAGCUUAAGGAGGCCGGGGACCUUGAGUCCCGGCAGUGCUACGCCGAGCGCCAGGUGCAGGCGUUCUCUCACCGCCAGAAUGGCGGUUUCAAGACGAAGAAGGCGCGGGAGUUUCAGAACUCGCUUUUUUCCUUCGCCACCGGAACGUUCCGCUUCGCGGAACCCAUUCUCAACGUGCGCAACGAGGAGUUCACCAACAAACGCAUCAUCGCGUACAUCGCGCCGUUCGCAGGCAAGCGUUUCCCAACCGGCCGUAUUUUGUUUGUCAUAUCCUCAAUAGGGCUCAGUCGGCGUUCAGACUAGAUCGAUACAAAAUGUAGGGUAGGGACUCCCCCGGUCCGUCAAAUUCAAAGCCCUGUCCUCAAAGAGACCGCCAUCCUCGCAUUANCCCGACGAUGUUAUCGUCGGGGCGAGCGACCUGGAGGAAUACCUCAAGAACAUGUCGCCCUAAGUUCAGGGCGACAUGUUGUUGAGGUACGGGUUAACCGCCGCCGAAGUUCUGGGCGACAUGUUGUUGAGGUAUUCCUCCAGGUCGCUCGCCUCGACGAUAACAUCGUCGGGGCGGUCGAAGGGCGCCGGCAGCUAUUGUCGCCACACAAGUAUGCCUGACAAGUUUUGGAGUGGGUUUCGAAGGGGGGAGACUCUUACCUCGACGUUGCUGCUGGUAUUACUUUGCGCGGAGUUCAUGUGUUGGCUCUUACAAAGCGUCACUGCUGGGUUGUCUCAUGUCCCCCAGGGGGUUGAUGCAGUUAAGAUAUGCGCGCCCUGUCGCGCGGGAUGGCAUCAUCCUGGACACCCGACCUCACCUCUGCGCUCUUUUUGUAUGAUAAUUUUGGAUGCGUCGGAGCUACAUUUCUUUCAUUCACCGGCGGCGUAUCACGUCCCGCAAUGGAGAUCUGCGCGACGUUCGUGGUGAUGGUGAAUGAUGCAUAUUGGUCAGGAUAUAGGCUGUUGCGCUGUCGCCUGGUUGGUCAACACGGCAGCGUUUGUUUUAUGUGUGAUCUAUUUGUGCAUUUUAGUGAAGUAGGCGGUUGGUGGCGGGGUCUUUUUCGCGUCUGUCUGUGACCGACGGCGGGAGCCUUCGUCGGCUUCGGGGGGGGGGGCUUGUUCUUGAUACCUAGGUGAAUCUCUGGGGUACAUGUCUGCAGUAGUCUUGUUAGAUGACAUCAGUUUGUACCUUGGUGAUCAUGAUGAUGUGAUGAUACCAUUGGUGGAGUAAAAUAUGCUUUUGGGUUGGCCCUUGGCGCGUCCCACACACAGCGUUUGCUGUCUUUGUCUUUUAUGUUUUUGCUUCUCUCCGAUGGGGGUCGUUGAAUGCGUCGUCAAAAGUCCACGUGGUUUCUUAUGGCGUCACGUCCCGGAGUGAGUGUCGGAUUAUACUUUUUGCUUUUCCUGUAUAUCUUUGAUGCAUGUGUCGCGUAGGUCGGAGAGAGUAGUGAUGUGCGCGUCAUACAUGUACGAAACGCAGAGGGCAUUGUAUCACGAGAUAAUCUUCGGGUUUUGCUAACGACGAGCUAUAUGAUGCUGUUGCUCAGGAUGUCGGCUCUUGCGUAGUCGCUUGGUGGGUCAGUACGGCAGUGUUUGGGUUGUGUUUUUUUCUUUCUGUGGGAUCUGCUGCAUUUUAGUGAAGUAGGCGGUUGGUGACGGGGUCUUUUUUCGCGUCUGCCUGUGACUGACGGCGGGAGCCUUCGCCGGCUUCGGGGGGGGCUUGUUCUUCUAACCUAGGUGAAUCUCUGGGGCGGGUACAAGUCUGCAGUAGUCUUGUUAGAGUACAUCAGUUUGUACCUUGGUGAUCAUGAUGAUGUGAUGAUACCAUUGGUGGAGUAAAAUAUGCUGUUGGGGUGGCGCUUGGCGCAUCCCACACACAGCGUUUGCGGUUUUUGCCUUUUAUGUUUUUGCUUCUCUCCAAUGGGGGUCGUUGAAUGCGUCCACAGUCCACGUCGUUUCUUAUGGCGUCACGUCCCGGAGUGAGUGUCGGAUUAUGCUUUUUGCUUUUCCUGUAUACCUUUGAUGCAUGUCUCGCGUAGCUCUCGAAUAGAGUAGUGUUGUGCGCGUCAUACAUAUACGAAACGGAGAGGGCAUUGUAUCACUAGGUGCUCUUCGCUGUUUUGUGUACGGAGGGUCGAGAUGCGUUGAAUGAGGGAGAAUCUUCGGACAGAUGGAUCGGUGUGUUAUGGAUUUGAUACUAGCGCCGACUGUUCCUGUCGGUUUAUACUCUGGCGUGUACUUUGUCAUCCUUCGUGUUUCCUGUUUGCGUAUCAAGCAUGUAGCCGGUGCUGCGGGAGUCACUGUAACCGUAGGAAACAGAGAAAACGAAACCGUUUCGAAAAACCACC